AUGACAAAAACUCGAGCCAAGAAUGGAAGCAAGAAAGGAACAGGCAACGUCAGAUCGACUGAGCCUCAAGACAAUGUAGAAGAACUGCCAAGGAUCAACCUUACCACCUCAAGGCCACUGAAGGCAACCAUGGAAGCGAAGAAGCCCACCCUUACAUUCAAGACUGUACUGGCCACGGACUCCGAGAAUAUAUGGGAAGGAGAAGUCGUGCAGGAUGGUGAAUUAGAUGGCAAAUACUCAAUUGAGGACAAUGACAUGGAAACAGUGCCAUAUGAUCCCAAGGCCAUAAUCGGCUCUCGCCAGCCCUCGAUAGAACAACAUGCAGAAGGCAAGGGCACCCCCAUCCCACAGUUGGAUGUCCCAGUAUCAUCUUCUGCAUUGUACAACGGUGGCUACGUGCCAAUCAACGGAUUUUGCCCAAAUCCUGCCUUUGGGAGCAUACACAACUCACCAGUGACCCAGAAGACCCCAAUACCAGUACCAUCGGAUAGCCCUAACUGGUGGAAACUGGCAACCUCACCUACUACAACGGUAUGGACAGAUGAUGAAAUGUCGGAUGGGGACCAUAUCAACGAGCAGGUGAAAGUACCGGAACACAACAUGGCCACCACGGAAUCAGUGCCUGGAUCCCCCAGCAUACAAAAACAGAUGCCCAUACCACUACCAGAGGGUGAUAAUGCAGAAGUCGAUGCACUGGAGGCCAAGCGAGCGGUGGAAGAAUUCAUUAAAGAUCCUGCCAAGUUGCAGCAUAUACCCAAGGAGGACAAGAACGAUGAGCUCCUUGACUCGUUCGACCAGAGGCAAUUUGGGGGGAUUAUCCACCUCCCAGUGAUGCCAUUACAAAAUGGUUCAUACCCUGCUUGCAUGCUGGAGAGACGCUCAAUGGCCAACAUACUCAAUGGUGUCAGGCCAGGAGGGGAGAAUGAGGGCAAGAAUGACAAAGCCCUAAACUCAGUGCAGCAGGCACAACUCUUUGUGGAAUGGAGGACAUGA